GAAGCAGGCCGAGGGAGGAGGAGGAGGAGGAUGGCGCGGUCGACGGGAGACUCGGAGCAGGUCCGCUACUGCGCGCGCUUCAACUACCUGUGCCUCAAGUUCACGCUCAUCACUUACUCCACGGUGUUUUGGUUGCUAGGAGCGUUUGUCUUAGCAGUUGGCAUUUAUGCAGAAGUUGAAAGACAGAAAUAUAAAACCCUUGAAAGUGCCUUUUUAGCUCCAGCCGUUCUUCUAAUACUCCUAGGUAUUAUAAUGUUCCUCGUUUCCUUUGUGGGUGUGUUGGCUUCCCUAAGGGACAACUUAUGCCUUCUUCAAGCUUUCAUGUACAUCUUGGGUAUUUGUUUGCUCAUUGAACUAAUUGGCGGAGUUAUGGCCUUAAUUUUCAGGAAUCAGACAAUUGACUUUGUAAAUGAGAACAUCCGAAGAGGGAUUGUGAAUUACUAUGAUGACUUGGACUUCAAAAACAUAAUGGAUUUUGUUCAAAAGGAGUUCAAGUGCUGUGGUGGUGAAGAUUUUAAAGACUGGUCAGAAAACCAGUAUCAUGACUGCAGUGCCCCAGGACCACUAGCUUGUGGAGUUCCUUACUCUUGUUGUGUCACAAACAAGACAGCAGUUAUUAAUACCAUGUGUGGAUAUAAAACUAUGAACGAAGAGCGCCUGAGUGUUCAACACGUGAUAUAUGUGAGAGGAUGCACAAGCGCUGUACUGAUUUGGUUUUUGGACAACUAUGCCAUCAUGGCUGGCAUUCUGCUUGGUAUAUUGCUGCCACAGUUCCUUGGGGUUUUGCUGUCUUUGCUUUACAUCACCCGAGUAGAAGAUAUAAUUGCAGAACACAAGCUUAACGAGACUCUGCUUGAUGGAGGGAGACGGAGGGCGGACAUUGAAUUUACCAGCGCUGGGUGCUGUAUGUGUUUUCCUGAGUGAUCCCAGGUAUUCCUUUAAGAAAGACAAAUGACUAACAUCCCUUUGCAUUGUGCCUUGACUGUAGUCAGAACUUAAUGUGAUUUGCAAACAAUAGUCCUUAGGAAACAAACCUCUUCUUUCCAGACCUUGAUUAAUUAAUUUUCUGCUCUGAGCAUUCUUUACAGUUUCACAGGCUUUGAGCUUGAAAUGUGUUGUCUCUUGUGGCAUCUAAAAAUCUAGCCAGUUUCCUGCUUUACGGUAAACAGUAUAGCUAAUCUGGGAGGAAAAUGGUUAUGUAAAUUAAUACAAUAAUUAUUGUAGCCAAACUGACUAUGUACAAGGGCUACGUUCCCUGUGCAAGGAUGUCACUAACAACAUAAAAUCAUCUUUACUUUCUAUUUUUCUAGUCAUUUUCAGAACAUGGUAAGAUUACCAAUGCAGGGGGCACAAUCUCAAGUUUACUCUAAAAUGAUCUUUUGGUGACUUUCCCACCUCAGGACGAUGGUUAGCUUGAAGUAGCCAUUUCCUAAUUUUUUCCCCAAAGGAUAUUUGCUACUUUGUUUUUUAUUAGCUGACUGAAUUCAGGCUUUUUAAAAACUCGAAAGUUUCGUGUAGGUUCUUUUUAUUUUCAAGACUUGGGUCCUACCACUAGGCAGACUUCUUCAUGGCAACUGCAGAUCAUACUAUUUUGUGGGCAUGUUCAUUUUUGGGUGGAAGCCUGUGUAAGUAAUACUUACCUGUCCAAAUCGUGUUGUUU